GUUAUUGACUCUGACUUGCCACAGGUGGUGCAUGACCAGCGCCCCGCCUCUACACAGACAGGGAUGCAAAUAGGGCCUCGAGAGCUAUCAUUUUACAUCUGAUCCUUUAGGCAUAGAGGCUCAGUCAUCAGAUCACAGCAGCUCUUUUACAAAAAACCAGUCAGCAUGCUGCCGUCAACUGAGAUGCAGUGACAAAAACAUUCAAUAGGAUCAGUCAACCAAUCGUCGCCACCAUCACGGCUACAGCUAUGCCCAUUGCGGAGCUUUUGGGAGUCCAGUUCGACAUGCAGCUGCUGUUGAAACUGAGUCUCUCUGUGGCUGCCGUGCUGCUGGUGUCAUGGGCCUACAGGUUCUACAGCUCCAGGGACGCACAGAAGGCUCAGCUCUGCAUCAAAGACAACAAAGAGUCAGGAAAUGCAACAUGCAUUAACUGCAAGACGACAUUACGGGGUCAAAGCUCGUCAAAAAAACAUGACACCGAUGAUGGGGGCAAUCGAUCCGGACCCGGAGACUCUGACUCAGCUGCUGAUGAGCUCACAUCUGAGGAAAGUAAAGCUCAAGCAUGCCCCGCUGAAGAGAGUGGGAUGGCCAGUACAACGGGGCGCCGCUCCCCUUGCUUUUUGCAGAAGCUGGAGGGCAGUGUGGGUGUGGGCAGGGAGUUAAGGCAGGACUUGGAGCGCCAGGGGGCCUACUCCAGCUUCCUCUCCAAGGCAGAGAUCAAAGUGGAGGAUGCCAAUGUGGUGCUGGAGGGAACCGGAGACCAGAUUGUACGUGGAAAGAUAUAUGAUUACUAUGUUGAGUCUUCCUCUCACUGUAUUACGGGCUCAAACAGUGUGCUGGGUCAGUAUGGGAGGAACUCUGAGUCAGAGCCAGUGGAGCUUGGAAGUCGUGGCAGCAGCCCCACAGAAUCUCCGUCCUCUUUGAGCCCCAUCAUGAUGCGUGAUCUAGUUUUGCCACAAAGCACUAUUGAGGAUCCCUCCUCGCUGGGAAGCUUCAAGCUGAGGCACCCUGAGAGGCCUGUACUCCUACGCAAGGAGAGCUAUCUGUCAGCAACAGAGCAGUCUGAGCUUUCCAACCCUUUUCUAAAUGCAAGAGCCUCAACUCCAGUGACUCACUCUCUGUCCUCUACCAGCACGGAGUCCAACUCUGUUCACCCUGUGAUCCUACAUUCUACAGUCGGCAAAGACCUCAGUGUGAGGGAGGGGGCAGAUGUAGAGACCGCAGCAGCAGUUUUACACCUUCCAGCAAAAACUCUCGACGCCACAGAUUUGGAAAGCCUGAAGAGUAAACUCGAUCUGGGUAACUGUUUGGAGACGCUGUGUCUGGCCAAGAAGCAGGGCCAGACCUCUGUGCAGCAAGCAGCCCUGGGAGUCAUGUCAGACAACUACCUCCAGGUGCUCAGGGACCCCAACCUUUAUGGGCGGCUAAUGGCUGACGAGAGGGAGCAGAUCCGGAAGCAGAGAAUGAGAGGGAGACGGUUUGUCAUGGUGGCAGAUAUGGACCCUCAAGACUGGGCGAGGAGCGCGGGAGGGCAGACAGCAGAGACGGAGCAGAGGAGGACAUCCAGUGCAGUGUACUAUUAUGAUGACUACAAAGACGGCUGGCAUACACUCUGCCUGAUCCCACAGGAGGUCGUCUCUAAAGCCUGUGCCAUGUGCACAAUGGAUAACUACUUAUUUGUGGCAGUGGGCUGCCAAGGCACAGACAGAGAAAUGACACCCUCAAAGCGAGCGUUUUGCUACAAUCCUUUGACAUCAAUUUGGAAGGAGAUCAGUCCUAUGAAUGAAGCCAGGCCCCGCUGCAAACUGGCAGCACUGGAGGGCUACAUCUACGCCAUCGGAGGGGAGUGCCUCUCCUCAGUGGAACGCUACGACCCGCGAUCGGACAGAUGGACAUUUGUGGCUCCACUGCCUAAUGAUACGUUUGCUGUGGCACAUCAUGUCACAGUGUGCAGUGGAGAGCUUUUUGUUUCUGGGGGAACUCUUAGAUAUAUGCUACUGCGCUACAACCCCAGAACCAACACCUGGAGGCCCAACGUGUCAGUCGGCAGCCAGGACAGAACUGCAGAUAUGGUAGCUGUGGGGCGAUUUUUGUAUCGGUUUGAUGUGAACCCACUGCUGGGCAUCAGUGUGCACCGCUACCACUCAGUGGCUCGGCUGUGGUACGAGUGCGACUCUAAAAAGCUCCAGCGCUGCCCUGCCUUCCAGUGCGUCACGAUGGAUGGCACUAUCUAUUGUGUCAGCCGCCAGUUCACCAUGAGGUUUGAGGCUGAUGAGAUCUCUCCAGGUUUCAUAGAUGAGAAUUUGAGUGUCCUUUCUGCAGCGAAGGGCAUACUUCUCCCCUUUGUCCUUUCACUCCCUGAUAAAAAACCCCGGCAGACCAGUGUGUGA